AUGGUUUAUUUUGCGGUAAACCAUCAUACCUUUGACAUUUUGUCGCUAGAGUUGAGGAGGAGCCAAGAGGAUACGGCGUUUACACUCGAAGAUUUGAUUCGUCUUUCUCUGGGUCUAAAGCGCCUUGGAAUAAGUCAGAUUGAUAUGUGUGAUUGGCGUACCUUUACGGCUGAAUCCAGUCUAGUUCGUGAAAAUGAAGCUAUUUUAUCAUUUGAAGUGAUGCAGUCAUUUACCAGAUCUACCUCUUCAUUUUUAAAUUGUGACCUAUUGAUCCUGUUUUUCUUUAUUCAGCUAUACUCUAAACAUGUGGUUGACACUUCGUUCGACAUGCAGUCUUUUCUGUCCAUGUCGAACGAGAUCUACGGGAGAAACGAUGUCUACACAUCCCAAUUGCAAUACGAGACGGCCUACAACGCUGAGUUCAUCACACGCUCGACAUUUGUGUUCGACAAUCUCCUCAUCCUCUUGGUCUGCCUCUAUUACGAGCAGCAGCCAGACGAUGAUGUCGAGGAAAUCGUUCGGCUUGCGAUCGAUGGCGAUUACAACUUUUUUAUCCCCUGUCUGCGUAUUACGAAGGACACGCUGGACUCACUCUCUCUCUUACUCCGCGGAGGCGAGACGGAGAGCGAAUCGGAACCGCUGCAGCGCGUGCUUCCGAGCUCUCUGCUGGAUGAAUCGGGUUUUUACAGCGUUUUCGAUCUGAUUCUUUUGAUCGAAAAUAACAUUUCGCUGGUUCCCUUCCCCGAGUGGCUCAAUCGCCGACUGCUCCAACGCGAGCCCGCUUUGUUUCACAUGCUGCAAGACCGCGUGGCUGAGAAAUCGGAGAGUACAGCGAGCCAAACGCUGUAUCUGCUUCGAUGUGAAAACUGUCUCAUCGAAGACAGCAACCGCUAUUCAUAUCCUUUUUGUGUUGUGUUGUUUUGUUUUGUGUUGUGUUGUUUUGUGUUGCUUUGAUCUGCUUUGCUCUGCUUUGCUCUGCUUUGCUCUGCUUUGCUCUGCUUUGCUCUGCUUUGCUCUGCUUUGCUCUGCUUUGCUCUGCUUUGCUCUGCUUUGCUCUCCUCUUUUGUUUCUUUGAUUCACGUUCGUUGUUAUGAAGGACUGCGUCGGCUGCACCGUUCAGCUCGCCGUGGUCUCGCACAUCGUUGUGCUUCACAACUGCAGCAACGUGACGCUCUCUGUCUGCUGCGGCCGCCUU